GGAAGCACACAACUACUGAGCUAGCAGCAAUCAAGUAUUGUACUUGCUUUCUCGAUCGAACAACAUGGCCUUCGCCAAAAACCUCACUUUUGUUGCUUGUAUUCUGACAAUCGCAUUCUUCACUUUCACCCAUGCUGCCACUUUCGACAUCACGAACCGAUGUAGCUACCCUGUCUGGGCUGCUGCUUCGCCUGGUGGAGGCAGAAGGCUCGACCAGGGCCAGUCUUGGCAGAUCAAUGUCGCACCAGGCACUGUCCAGGCCCGGAUUUGGGGCAGGACUAAUUGCAAUUUCGAUGGCAAUGGUCGAGGCCAAUGUGAGACGGGUGACUGUAACGGGGUCUUGGAAUGCCAGGGCUACGGUCGGGCCCCUAACACCCUAGCCGAAUUCGCCCUGAACCAGCCCAACAACUUAGACUUUGUCGACAUCUCCCUUGUCGAUGGGUUCAAUAUUCCAAUGGAAUUCAGCCCGACAACUGACGUGUGCCGCAACCUGAGGUGCACAGCCCCGAUCAACGAGCAGUGUCCCAAUGAGCUUCGAGCCCCAGGAGGAUGUAACAAUCCAUGCACUGUUUUCGGAACUAAUGAGUACUGUUGUACUGACGGGCCUGGAAGCUGCGGGCCAACAAAUUAUUCGAGGUUUUUCAAGGAGAGGUGCCCUGACGCCUAUAGCUAUCCUCAGGAUGAUCCAACAAGUCUUUUCACUUGCCCUGCUGGUACCAAUUACAGGGUCGUGUUCUGCCCAUGAAUCAGUGUCUAAUACUACAUGGAUCCUGCGGGCGUUUUGACCUGUAAUAAGUUUACUGCUUUCUUAUUUGCCUGUAAUAAAUAAGUUGAGUGUCUGGUCUGUCGCGCACGUGCAGACCUAUUUGGAGUUGAAUAAUGAAAUAUUAAUGGAACGCUCAUGUUCAAAUUGAUAUUCA